AUGAGAAGACCACCACGAAAACAUACGAGUACACGGACGCCGAGUGUCCAUCUCCUUCAACUGUAUUCCGCGUGUCUACUGUUGGCCAGUGUUCUGGAAUUUGCCCCCACUUUUUGUCUUGCAUUCAUUUCCACUACCUCUGCAAGGACUACCGUUGGCCAUUCCAGAUCCUCCCUCCUCCCAUCUCAUGCCCAUAGCAGUUCUAACAACAACAACAACAGUAACGACAAUAGUAUAAGACUGAACAAAGUCUUCAAGGCGACCCAUUCGCGACGAGAAGCCGAUGCCUUGAUUGAUAGUGGUCGGAUUGCCGUCAAUGGACAACCGGUCCAUCAAAAAGGAGGCUUCAAGGUCAAACCCUUUAUCGACAAAGUUUCCUUGGAUGGGGUGGUCAUUAAGGGAUGGGAAGCCAUGAACGGAUUGACCAAGACAAACCAUGCCACCAGUCGAAGAAAUGACAACAAAAAGUCGGGAAAGAACAGUGUUUCCACUACUUCUACUACGUCCACUACCAAAACGUUUGAGUACAUCAAGUACUGGAAACCACGAGGAAUCACCUGCACCACCGAUCGAUCCAUCCCCACCAAUAUCAUUGACGAUUUGAUUCAACGACGGGGAUGCCAUCCACAACAUCGUAUCUAUCCGGUGGGACGUCUCGACAAGGAUACCUCGGGGCUCAUUCUCUUGACGAGCGAUGGUCGAUUGCCCAAUUCGGCACUCCGGGGUAAAUUCAAACAACCCAAAGUCUAUCAAGUACUGGUGGAUAGACCCAUUCAACCCAAUGACUUGCAGCAAUUGCGAACUGGCGUCGUCAUUACGACGGUGGCUCAACGCGAUGGGAAUCGAGGCAAGCCUCUGACGGCUCCCACGUUGCCGUGUCGCGUGGACCGCAUUCCACAAACCAAGCGUCGAGGAGUCGUCAUGACCUUGGUCGAAGGAAGGAACCGACAAAUUCGAAAAAUGAUGGCGGCCUUGGGAUACUCGGUCGUGCAGUUGCAUCGCGUGCAAUUCAUGGGAAUCACUCUCCAACCGUUGAAACAGGAGGGAACAUGGAAGACUCUGGACCACAAGGAAAUGACGCUAGUCAGGAAUGUCUUGGACCAGGCGGCGACAGCAGUGGAUGCUCAGUAG